AUGGAUACUAAGUCCACCAACAUGUACCAACAAGAGACCAGUUCCCAGCUGCAUAUGGCCACCAACAUGUACCAACAAGAGACCAGUUCCCACUCACAUAUGGCCACCAACAUGUACCAACAAGUGACCAGUUCCCACUCAUAUAUGGCAACCAACAUGUACAAACAAGAGACCAGUUCCCAGCUGCAUAUGGCCACCAACAUGUACCAACAAGAGACCAGUUCCCAGCUGCAUAUGGCCACCAACAUGUACCAACAAGUGACCAGUUCCCACUCACAUAUGGCCACCAACAUGUACCAACAAGAGACCAGUUCCCAGCUGCAUAUGGCCACCAACAUGUACCAACAAGAGACUAGUUCCCACUCACAUAUGGCCACCAAGUCCACCAACAUGUACCAACAAGAGACUAGUUCCCAGCUGCAUAUGGCCACCAAGUCCACCAACAUGUACCAGCAAGAGACCAGUUCCCACUCACAUAUGGCCACCAACAUGUACCAACAAGUGACCAGUUCCCACUCACAUAUGGCCACCAACAUGUACCAACAAGAGACCAGUUCCCAGCUGCAUAUGGCCACCAACAUGUACCAACAAGAGACUAGUUCCCACUCACAUAUGGCCACCAAGUCCACCAACAUGUACCAACAAGAGACUAGUUCCCAGCUGCAUAUGGCCACCAAGUCCACCAACAUGUACCAGCAAGAGACUAGUUCCCACUCACAUAUGGCCACCAAGUCCACCAACAUGUACCAACAAGAGACAAGUUCCCAGCUGCAUAUGGCCACCAAGUCCACCAACAUGUACCAACAAGAGACCAGUUCCCAGCUGCAUAUGGCCACCAAGUCAACCAACAUGUACCAACAAGAGACCAGUUCCCAGCUGCAUAUGGCCACCAAGUCCACCAACAUGUACCAACAAGAGACCAGUUCCCAGCUGCAUAUGGCCACUAAGUCUGGCCACUUCUCAGCAGAUUUUUUUCUUAAACCAAAAGAAUCAAGUUUUGUAAUUUUCUCGAUGAAGAAAUGA